CCUUUGCGUACUGUUCCUUAAUGUGACGUGCAAGGAUACAAAAAAGUUCGUAAAGUCAUAAUUAACAGCUGAUUGAUAAAAAUGCAACGGGCUAGAAAGAAGAAAGGCAAAAGUAAAAAAAAGAAAGUGAAAAAGAAAUGUAUUGAUGAAAGGGAGACUCUCUCUUACGAACAAGAGAUCUUGGAUAACAACAGACAGUUGGCACGAUUGAGAAGUCGAAAUGAAGAACUGGAGGAGCAAGCGGAACUCACGAAAGAGAAGUUCCGGCAAUUGGAAGAAGAUCGGUCAGAUGUAAUUGCGCAUUUGAAAAGAAGUUUGGACGAAAAGAUUGAGGAAUCGAAGGAGCUUUCUAAGAGACUCACCGCUUUGGAAGAAUUACGGAAAAAUGAAUUAGCUGCUUAUAAGAAGAAGGAAGAAGCGAUGGAGAAUGAAUAUCACAUGAUGGAGAACAAUUUGAGCGCUGAAGUUAAAUUAGUUGCUGGUAAGUUAAAUGCAUUGGAAGAUUGGCGAUUAGCCCGACUUGAUUUAUUGCAAAAAUUUGAGAAACAAGAACAGAAAAUGUCUGAGCAGGAAAUGCGACAUAAAGAGGAGCUUUACGAAGCUGAGAAAUCCAUAAUAGUUGGGAAAUCGAUGAUGCAGAAAGAGAUGAAGGAACAUUUGCAAAUUUUAUCGGAAAGACUUCUGAAAGCGGUCACAUUGCGGAUAACGGAAGUCAUGAAUCGUGCGAUUCAUGAAAACGUGGCGUUGAACCGCGAUCUUGAUAAAUUGCUGAAGACCAACAAGGAACUCGAUGCCAUCAACAUCGAACGCAAGAAAACGGAACAAACGUUGAGGCUGAAAUGCGAAUUGUUCGAAACCGAGACGAAGAUAAUGUUGGAUAAGACAUUGAAACAGAGGAAUACCAUUCAUCAAGUUGUUGAAGAAUAUGAAUCAUUGAUAUUGUAUUAUGGACAAGCACAAAGAAACAAUAAUCGUCUCAAACAAUUGCAAAGAAUUUUGGAAGAUAUUAUUAAACGAAAAGACGAACUGUUAGAUAAAAAAAUGAAGCAAUACGAAGAAAAUAUCUUGAUGACUAGAAAUGAAAAUAAACGAUUAAUAGAACUAAUUCAAAAGAAAGGAAAAGAAUUAGAAACAUUAAAGUCUAUUUUAAACAAUGUUAGCACUUUUCUUACCGAAGCUUUGCAGGUUGCUAAAGAAACUUAUGACCAACAAUGUCUUGGAAAAAUGUGUCCAGAAAUGCUGCAGUCUCUAAUGGAAAUAUUGCAAACUGAAACCAUUACUAGAGCUGUAGAUUACACGGCAUCCGAGACUGACGAUAUUGAUUGCAAAUAUACAUUAGGAAGUUUAGGACUUAUUGAACCUAUUGAAGAAGAAAAAGUUGACAAAGAAAAAGAGAAAGAUAUUCAAGAAGAAAUACAGGAAGAAUUACUAAAGGAUUUGGAACAAACACCAUCUUGCUUAUUGAGUGAUAUUAGUUUUAGCAUUCCAUCUCCAAAAGAAUAAUCACUUUUUAAUGCACACUUUGAAAUUUUUAAAAAGAUUUGCAGAAAAUAUCUCUAUCUUUC